ACAAAAGUAGCUUGUUGCAAUCAGAAUGGGCUUUAAACCAGAAAACACCUACGAUGCGGAAGAAAAGAUUUGGUGUGGCUCGCCAUAUCGUGAGUACUACGCGCCGGAUCUAUCUAUUGGCGAAAUUAUUUUCCAAGAAAUGAAACGUCAUCCGAAACUCACAGCUCAAAUUUCAGCCACUGAAAACACAGUGCUAACCCGUGAGGAACUUCAUUUGAACUCGAUGCGGGUGGCAAGCUUCAUGAGGAGAUUGGGCAUGGUCCAGUCGGAUAUUGUGGGAAUCAUGGCGAGAAAUACGACGCAUAUAUUUGCCGUGGUCUAUGGCUGUUUCUUCAACGGCAUCGCCUUUCACUCACUCAACAUCAGCUACGAGGAGUCGACUACUGAGAAGCUGUUCAACAUUACGAAACCACGUAUAGUAUUCUGUGACGGCGAGGAAUACGAGAAAGUUAAGUCAGCGACUGCCGAUCUAAAUGUUAUGAUCGUUACAAUGCGUAAUCAUCAUAAGGACUCCAUAAGUAUUGAGGAAGUGCUGGCUACACCUGUCCAAGACGACUUUACGCCUUCCCGCCUGGAUCACGGCAAUGAUCAGACCCUGGCCAUACUCUGCUCCUCAGGAACGACGGGUACGCCCAAGGCGGUAACCAUUACCAACCAUCGCAAGAUCUUCAGCACCUGCACUCAUUUGACAGUCGAUGAUGUUCAGUAUACACACAGCACUCUGGAUUGGGUGACAGGACUCAUGACCACCAUCACCUCGGGUGUGUACAGCACUACACGGAUUAUCGCCGACAAUCUGUUUGAUCCAGUGCGUCUCUUAAGUGUCAUUGAACAAUAUAAGGUCACUUGGCUGCUGCAGGCUCCAUCCCACAUGGCGAUGUUGGUCAAUUGUAAGGAAUUCGAGCAAGCCAAUUUGCACAGCAUUCGAUACUAUCUAUACGGGGGAGGUCAUUGCUCCGUAGAAGUCCAGAACCGAAUAAGGAACAGUCUGUUAUCCGACUGUCUGCACAUGGUGUACGCUUUUACUGAAGUGGGACCCAUUUCCAUGAACAGAAACUUUGACGAGAAACCGAACUCGACUGGCCGUUUGUUGGGCGGAAUCAAGCUGAAGAUAAUUAACGAAAAGCUCGAAACGCUAGGACCGAAUGAGGUUGGCGAGGUGUGCGUUUACAAUGGUCAAUAUUGGGCCGGAUAUUACGGAAACCCGGAGGAGUCACAGAAAAUACGCGACACUAAUCUGUGGUUUCACAGUGGUGACUUAGGAUAUAUGGACAACGACGGUUUUCUCUACUUGGUAGAUCGCAAAAAGGAUAUGCUGAAGUACCAGAACAUCAUGUAUUACCCGGGCGAUAUCGAAGAAAUCGUUUCUAAAAUGCCGGAAGUUUCCGAGGUCUGUGUCUUUGGCAUCUGGAAUCAAUUUAACGGCGACGAAGCAGCCGCCGCUGUAGUCAAGAAAGUUGGUUCUCAAAUAGAGGCUCAGGAUAUAGUGGAUUAUGUGAAAAGUCACACUGACGCUAAGUACAAGCAAUUGCACGGUGGUGUUAUAAUUGUGGACGAUUUAAUUCGCAGCGCUAACGGAAAAACAAAUCGCCAAGCUACAAAGGCGCAUUUCCUCGACAUUAAGGAUAGAAAAUAAAGCAUUAAAUAAAAUUCUAUAAAUAAAGUAUAUAUGAUGAUACAAAUA